CACCCCAGGGGCCGGCUCUGCUACCUACUCCUCCUCCUCAAAACUAUCAGGACGGUGCAGCAGCGGCUUCAGCUGAGCUGAGCUGAGCAAGUGACGGAAGACAGAGAUGGGGCUGCGGUGACCCGGGAUAAGGAGGAGCUGCCUCCCAUCUCUGGUGAUUACAGAACGGACUUUUAACAAGAGGACAUGUCACCCUGAGUGGAGAGGUGACUACAAGAUGGCUGCUCAGAAGAUUCGGUCUGCUAACACGAAUGGUCUCCCUCGCUGCAAGUCUGAAGGGACGCUUAUAGAUAUUAGUAGCAGUGCACCUGACCCAAGCCUUAAUGAUGUCAAAGUUCUGUCACCAAGUUCUCUGCGCAUUGAUAGUCCUACAUCCCUGGAGAAUGUAAAGGAGGUGGUAGCUAUCAAGGAUUAUUGCCCCAGCAACUUCACCACCCUUAAAUUUUCUAAAGGAGAACACCUAUAUGUACUAGAUACAUCCGGUGGUGACUGGUGGUACGCACACAACACAACAGAAAUGGGCUACAUACCCUCUGCCUAUGUGCAGCCCCUCAACUAUCGGGACUCCUGCCUUAGUGACAGUGGUAUGAUUGAUGGAUUGCUGGAAAGCGUUGAUGAGGGUGUGAAAGAGCUGGAUCUCUUAGGUGAUUGGACUGACUUCCUCAAUCAGAACACUGUCAAAACAAAUAACCCAUUCUUGCGGACAACUGCUUCAAACCCCUUUCUGAAUGGGCCUGCGAUAAGCCCACAGAGGAUUCCUCCAGAUUCUGAGAAUUCAGUGGAUUUACUCAUCUUUGACCCAUUGGCUCCUUCUUCCACAAGCUCUACGGAAACGAGUACUGAUGUGUUCUUAGAUCUGUUCUCCAGUGCCAACCAGAAGGAUGUAGUGGAAGAGACUGCACCUGUAAGGAGGGACAAUCCAUUCUUCCGGAGCAAGCGUUCCUACAGCCUCUCCGAGCUGUCAAUCCUCCAGGCAAAGUCUGAGAGUCCAGCCACGGGCAGCUUUUUUGCUGGUCUCAAGUCCCCAGCUCCUGAGCAGUUCCAGAGCAGGGAAGAUUUCCGAACUGCCUGGCUCAAUCACCGUAAGUUGGCCCGGUCCUGCCAUGAUCUGGACUUGUUAGGCCAGAAUCCUGGCUGGGGUCAGACUCAACCUGUGGAGACGAGCAUUGUCUGUAGGCUAAACAGCUCGGGGGGUGCCGUGCAGCUACCGGACACCAAUAUAAGUAUACAUGUCCCUGAGAAGCAUGUCGCUCCUGGUGACACACAGCAGAUCUCCCUUAAAGCUUUGCUAGAUCCUCCAUUGGAACUCAACAAUGACCGGUGCACAACGGUAAGCCCUGUACUGGAAAUAAAGCUCAGCAACAUGGAGGUGCAGAACUCCCUCACAUUGGAGGUAAAGGUCUCUGCAGAACUGCGCAUUAAUGCUGCUGCUGCAAACCUGGUGGCAUUAAAAUGCUUGCGGAGUGAUGCUAAAGAAGGCCCUUACACCAUGUUGCCACAUGCUUAUACAUAUGGGGACAAUGUUCAAGUAAAGCUGGACAAUUUGGAGCCGGUUAUGUAUGUUGUAAUGGUGGCACAAGCCCAGAGCGUUUUGCCCCCUUCCACUGUGUGGAACUAUAUUAAUAAAAAGGUUACAGUUGGGCUCUAUGGCCCCAAACAUAUACAUCCUUCGUUCAAGGCUGUAGUUGCCAUAUUUGGGCAUGACUGUGCCCCAAAGAUCCUCUUGGUCAAUGAGGUAAGCCAGCAGGCUUAUGGGACAGCACCAGUGUCUUUACAGCUGUGGGGAAAGCAACAGUUCUUACUUCCCAAACCUCACGAUCUUCAGCUUUGCCUUUUUUCCAACAUGACAAAUUAUCGAGUAGAGGCUGGUGACCAAGGCAAGAUGGUGCGAGGGUUCCAACUUAAGCUGGGCAAAGUCAGCCGUUUAAUUUUUCCCAUCAGCUGCCAUGAUCCUGCACAGCUCUCGGAUUUCACUCUUCGGGUGCAGAUCAGGGAUGAGUUGGGCAACAUCCUGUCACAGUACUGUGUGCAAACUCCACAGCCUCCUCCAAAAACUGGACUCAAAUCCACAGGACCAAGAAGAUUUCUGAAGAAGAAAGAAAUUGGAAAGAUAGUCUUGUCUCCUCUGGCAGUCACCUGUAAAUACCCAACGUUUCAGGACAGACCGGUACCCAACCUGAAAUAUGGGAAACUACUAAAGACUGUUAUGCGGCAAAGUAAGAAUCAAUAUCUGCUGGAGUACAAGAAAGGGGAUGUGGUAGCUCUCCUGAGCGAGGAGAAGAUUCGACUCAAGGGGCAGCUGUGGACAAAAGAGUGGUACAUCGGUUAUUACCAGGGGAAAGUGGGCCUAAUUCAUGCUAAGAAUGUGCUGGUAGUAGGGAAGGUGAAACCAAGCUAUUUCUCAGGCCCAGAGUUGACUACAAGUGCACUUCUAGAACAGAUCUUGCGCCCUUGCAAAUUCCUGACCUAUAUCUAUGCGUCAGUGAGGACACUACUCAUGGAGAACAUUGGCAGCUGGAGGUCCUUUGCCGAUGCCCUCAGUUAUGGAAAUCUUCCCCUUUCCUAUUUCUGCCGGGUGGAACUGGACAGUGAGCCUGAGAAGGUGGCGUCUGUAUUGGAGAAACUGAAGGAGGAGUGCAACAACAAUGAGGGCAAGGAGAGGAAGUCCUUCCAGAAAGAGCUCAUUUCGGCUUUGCUAAAGAUUGACUGCCAAGGUCUGGUGGUCCGCCUGAUUCAGGACUUUGUGUUGCUCACUACUGCGGUUGAAGUCGCUCAGCGCUGGAGGGAGCUCGCGGAGAAACUGGCAAAGGUAUCGAGACACCAGAUGGAUGGCUAUGAAGCACCCCAUCGUGACAAGAAUGGGGUCCUGGAUGGUGAGGCCAUGUGGAAACCAGCCUAUGAUUUUCUCCUUACGUGGAGCUCUCAGAUUGGGGACAGUUACCGAGACGUCAUCCAGGAGCUACACACAGGGCUGGAUAAAAUGCGCAGCCCCAUCACCAAGCGGUGGAAGCAUCUCACAGGAACGCUAAUACUUGUGAAUUCACUGGAGAUCCUGAGAGCCACAGCCUUCAACACAAUGGAACAUGAAGACUGUGUCAUCUAAGACUGCGCAGUACCUAGGAGUACUGAUCCAGCAAGGGGUGCUGCAGAGGCUUGGGGGAGGGGUGGUCCAUGUUUUAAUAAUUAUUGUAGAGACCUGUGUAGUGUUGUUCAUAGAUGCAUUUCAGACCGUUCCUGGCAUAGCACCCAUGAUUGUCCUCUGACGCUCCAAGGAACUGUAUGUGAUUGGCGCAGGAGAAGACUUGCAUGAACAAGGGUUAGAUUUACACCUUGAUCUAUAUUUAGUUUAAUCCAUGCAGACAGACCUUUGUUGAAGUGUGUGCACUUGGAUGUCCCUGGAUUUUAGGCACCGGUUCUUGUUGGUUUUAUCUCUGGGGUGUGUGUACAGUGUAAAUAAGUCACAGGGUGGUUUAUAAGACACAGAGAUUUGUGUGUAUAUAUAUAUAUAUAUAUAUAUAUAUAUAUAUAUAUAUAUAUAUAUAUAUAUUGUUGUCCUGACUACUUGUCUUUGUUUCUAGUCCCAGGACAAGCACAAGUACAUAUUUCAUCACUUCACCUCACGCCCCCCACCCUUUUUAUAGUUGUGUGACUCCCCCAACACGGGAUUGUUUGUGCUUUAAACUUCAUCGUCUGCAUGGAACAUUUUAUAUGACUUUACCUGAUGUAUUUUUGUUACCAUGUGUUUUUUAUUUAUCUCUUUGGCUAAGUAUAGCCAUAUGUACAUAUGUAAUUUAAAUCCCAGAGCCCUUGCCCUGAAUGUGUGUGCAGCAGCUACAGGACAAUCCUUUGACACAUGUGCCUGUUACAGCAAUAAAUGAAGAGGGAAGGGGGUUUAAUAUCGCUUAAGGCGUUCUGUGGUGGGGUCAGAGGCCGCUAAACCCACACGUAGAGCAAUAUCGGCAGGUUACCACUUAUACCGACUUUGCCUGAAUAUAAUUAAAUCUCAUGUUGGGUGAAUUGACCUCCCUCCUGUAUCGGACUCUUUUCUAGUCAUGGGGUCACUAUGACUUGUUAAGGUUUUGGCUGUGCCUUAUAUCUUUUACCAAUGUGAUUAUAUCACUGCUCCCUGUUAGAUAUGUCUGCUCCUGUGCUACGUCAAGUGUCUCAUUGUUUCUGUCUUUUAUCAAACAAGGUCUCUUCAGUCCAGGAAAGGGGGCUAAAUAUCAUUUCCACUAAAUGACUAUCGUUGGAGGAAGUGGAGGAGCAGCAAACCACCUUCUUCUCUAUGUCUAUGUCUUAGUUUUUAUUUCUGACAGAUUUCUAACUACCUCGGUAUCCAUUUCGCAUAAGUCUAAUAAAACUCGAAGGUCAAAGAACCAAA